AUGCAAGGAUGCUUCUUUCGCGCCCUUCCUAGACGCUUUGGGGCGUGCGCCAACAAAGCGCUCAAGACCGACCAUGCCCGACUUUUCCACACCACACCCGUACGACUGGCGCAGGUCGCUAAGCUGCGAUCGGAACUCGAGAAGCGCAUUGCCGCCAUCCCAAUCGAACGCUUUCGCAAUUUCUGCAUUGUUGCCCAUGUCGACCAUGGAAAGAGUACCUUGAGCGACCGUCUGCUCGAGCUCACUGGAGUCAUUGAAAAAGGUGGAAAUGCUCAGAUCUUGGACAAGCUCGAUGUCGAGCGAGAAAGAGGCAUCACCGUCAAGGCCCAGACGUGCACCAUGCUGUACAAUCACAAGGGGCUAGACUACAUGCUGCACUUGGUCGACACUCCCGGCCACGUCGACUUCAGAGCAGAGGUCUCGAGGAGUUAUGCCAGUUGUGGUGGAGCUCUACUAGUAGUCGAUGCAAGUCAAGGUGUGCAGGCACAGACUGUAGCCAACUUCUACCUCGCCUUCUCUCAGGGUCUCACCCUCGUGCCCGUCAUCAACAAAAUCGACCUGCCUACCGCCGAUGCUCCGCGCGCACUGGAACAGAUAAAGGACACAUUCGAACUGGAUCCCAACAAGGCUGUGUUGGUCUCGGCAAAGUCUGGCAUCAACGUCGAGGCCUUGCUUCCUAGUGUCGUCGAGAACAUACCCGCUCCUGUUGGAGAUGAAACAAAGCCACUGCGUUUGCUUCUGGUAGAUUCGUGGUACGACAACUACAAAGGUGUCAUUCUAUUGGUUCGUAUAUUCCAAGGUCAGGUCAAGCCUGGCGACCAUGUCACUUCGUUCGCUACAGGCAUCAAAUACCACGUUGGAGAAGUUGGAAUCAUGUAUCCACUGCAAACGCCCAUGACAGUCCUGCGUGCCGGUCAGGUGGGCUACAUCUACUUCAACCCCGGUAUGAAGCGCUCGCAAGAUGCCAAAGUUGGCGAUACCUACACCACAGUCGGCUCGGAGAAGCUGGUCGAGAUGCUGCCUGGUUUCGAGGAGCCAAAACCUAUGGUCUUCGUUGCCGCUUUCCCAGUUGACCAGAGCAACUACGAACAUUUGGAAGACAGCAUCAAUCAGAUUGUGCUCAACGAUCGUAGUGUCUACGUUCAGAAAGAGUCGUCGGAAGCCUUGGGUGCAGGCUGGCGUCUGGGAUUCUUGGGCACACUGCAUUGCUCUGUCUUUGAAGAUCGUCUUCGUCAAGAGCAUGGAGCAAGCAUCAUCAUCACUCCUCCAUCUGUACCAUUCAAGAUCAUCGAUCCCAAAGGCAAGGAGAUCAUUGUGUCAAACCCGAACGAUUUCCCAGAGACCGACGCGCUUCAUCAUAAAGUCCAGGAGCUGCAAGAGCCAUACGUUCUGGCUACCAUCACCAUGCCGGAAGAGUAUCUCGGUAAGGUCAUUGAGUUGUGCGAGGGCAAUCGAGGUGUGCAGACAGAGCUCACAUUCUUCACAUCGAUACAAGUCAUCCUGAAGUAUGAGCUUCCGCUAGCGCAGCUAGUUGACGACUUCUUCGGCAAGCUCAAAGGCCUGACUAAGGGUUACGCUUCUUUGGACUAUGAAGACGCUGGCUGGCGCAAGGCCAACAUUAUCAAGCUGCAACUACAUGUCAACAAAAUCCCCGUUGAUGCAGUAGCUCGUGUUUGUCAUCACAGUCAAGCCGAACGCAUCGGCAAGCAAUGGGUCACAAAGUUCAAGGAGCAUGUUGAUCGACAGAUGUUCGAAAUUGUCAUUCAAGCAAUUGCUGGCAGAAGGAUUGUGGCCCGUGAAACCAUCAAGCCUUUCCGCAAAGAUGUUUUGGCGAAACUACACGCUGCUGAUACAAGCAGGAGAAGAAAACUGCUUGAGAGACAAAAGGAAGGAAGGAAGAAGUUGAGAGCUGUUGGCAACGUCGUGAUUGACCAGAAAGCAUUCCAGGGAUUCUUGGCAAAGUAG